AUGUCCUUCUUUGUAGCCGGUAGGACGGCGAUAGUUACUGGUGCAGGAUCAGGCAUCAACUUCUGUUUUGCGAAGCUUCUGUUAUCGAAGCAAUGUAAUGUCGUCUUGGCAGAUCUCUCACUACGGCGGGAAGCCCAGGAAGUCGUCUCACGCUACAGCCAAUCCAAUUCAUCAUCAUCAUCGCCAGCCUCACGAGCCAUAUUCGUGAAGACAGAUGUGACAUCAUGGCCCGCACUAGAGGCAAUGUUCGAUGUGGCUUAUCGUGAAUUCGGCGACGUCGACAUUGUCUGUCCUGGCGCUGGCGUAUACGAGCCUCACUGGUCCAACUUUUGGUGUCCCCCUGGCUCAAAGCAAAGCCGAGACGCCGUAGAUUCGGGACGUUAUGCCCUGCUCGAUAUCAACCUCACCCAUCCCCUCCGGACUACACAACUAGCGAUAUCGAACUGGCUGCACCCUCGUGAGCUGCCUCAGCCCGCGCCCUUCCCGCGUCCCGCCAAGGUCUCUGCCUCGAAUCCAAAGCGCGUCAUUCAUAUCGCCUCUGUAGCAUCUUACCUCCCCGUGUUCAGGGCACCGCUGUACGGGGCUUCCAAGUUCGCUAUUGCGGGAUUCGUGCGUUCCGUCGCGCCCCUGGAAGAACGAUACGGUAUCCGCGUCAACGCCGUGGCGCCGGGGGUUGCCCGCACGCUCCUGUGGUCAGAGAAUCCGGAGAAGUUAGCCAAUGUGGAUGAGACAAGAGACGCCUGGGUCACACCUGAGGAGGUGGCUGAGGCGAUGCUGAGCUGCGUAGAGGACGAGGACAAGCGGGCGGGACUACUUCUCGAGGUGGGAAGUGGACGCACCAGGGAAGUUGCUACAUUUAACGACCCAGGACCUGAUUCGGCGCCAGAGGCUGGGAUCAUGACGAGCAACUCAACUGUGGGAGAUGACGAGGUUCAUGGUUUCUUAGAAAGCAGUGCUGUUUGGAGUAGACCUAGUAAACUAUAG